GAAAGCCAGAGAAACAAGACACACGAGCUUCCCAGGGUUCUUGGAUCUGGGGACAGAAGUGAGAUUGGAGAAAGUAGAGCGAUGCCAAGGAGGAAACAGCAGGCACCCAAGCGGGCUGCAGGUUACGUCCAAGAGGAAGACAUAAAGGAGGAGGAAGAGGACGAUGAUGACAGUAAUUCAACAGCUCAACUUCAGGGCAGCAAUGAUACUGGCACAGAUGAAGAACAUGAAGUGGGUCCUGAGCAGAAAGGAAGUUUUAGCUACCAGAAUUCUCCAGUAAGUCAUAUAUCUAAUCAGGAUGCAGAAAAUGAGUCCCUGUUAAGUGAUGCUAGUGACCAGGUGGCAGAUACUAAAAGCAUUUGCUCCAGAGAGGUGCAGGAUCUGAAAACCAAUGCCCGCCCCAAAUCUCAGAAUGAAGCACAUGAUUGCAUGGAUAAAAUGACAGCAGUCUAUGCUAACAUACUGUCAGACUCUUAUUGGACAGGCUUAGGACUGGGUCUCAAGUUGUCUAACUCUGAGAGAAGGGGCUGUGACAGUAGAAAUGGAGGUAACAAGAGUGACUUUGAUUGGCACCAAGAUGCAUUGUCAAAAAGCUUACAACAGAGUUUACCUUCCAGACCGGUUUCCAAACCAAAUCUUUUCAGUUCAGUCCAGCUGUACAGACAAAACAGCAAAAUGUGUGGAACUGUAUUCACGGGUGCUAGCAGGUUUAGGUGCAGGCAAUGCAGUGCUGCCUAUGACACCUUGGUAGAGCUAACAGUCCAUAUGAAUGAAACUGGUCAUUACCAAGAUGACAACCGUAAAAAGGACAAGCACAGACCUACUAGCUACUCAAAGCCCCGGAAAAGGGCCUUUCAGGACAUGGACAAGGAAGAUGCACAAAAAGUUCUAAAGUGCAUGUUCUGCGGUGACUCUUUUGAUUCCCUUCAAGAUCUGAGCGUUCAUAUGAUAAAAACAAAACAUUACCAAAAAGUGCCUUUGAAGGAGCCGGUACCUACCAUUUCUUCAAAAAUGGUCACUCCAGCAAAGAAACGUGUGUUUGAUGUUAACAGACCUUGUUCCCCAGAUUCCACAACAGGAUCUUUUGCAGAUACCUUUUCUCCUCAGAAGAAUGCAAACCUACAGUUGUCAUCUAACAACCGCUAUGGCUACCAAAAUGGAGCCAGCUACACAUGGCAGUUUGAGGCCUGUAAAUCCCAGAUUUUGAAGUGUAUGGAAUGUGGAAGUUCACAUGACACCUUGCAGCAACUCACCACUCAUAUGAUGGUCACUGGUCACUUCUUGAAAGUCACAAGUUCAGCUUCAAAGAAAGGAAAACAACUAGUACUAGAUCCCUUGGCUGUGGAGAAAAUGCAAUCGCUGUCUGAGGCACCAGCCAAUGACACCCAGGUUUCAAAACAAUCCAGCAAUGCAUCUUCGGAUGGCAUAACUCCUGCAUUGGAGCUAAAGAAAGAGAGUAAAAAAGAUAAACCUGAUGAUACAAACAAAGAUGAGAAAGUGGUAAAAACUGAAGAGUAUGAAGAUACACUUCAGAAACCAUUGGAUCCUACAAUGAAAUACCAGUAUCUUAGGGAGGAAGAUUUAGAAGAUGGUUCAAAAGGUGGUGGGGAUAUUUUAAAGUCUUUGGAAAACACUGUCACCACAGCCAUCAAUAAAGCUCAAAAUGGAGCUCCUAGCUGGAGUGCAUAUCCUAGUAUCCAUGCAGCCUAUCAGCUCUCAGAAGGAGCAAAGCCUUCCUUACCAGUGGGUUCCCAAGUACUGCAAAUCAGGCCCACCAUUACCAAUAAAUUGAGACCCAUUGCUCCAAAGUGGAAAGUUAUGCCUCUGGUUCCCAGCUCAGCAAAUGUGGCCCAGUGCACUCGAGUGAAGAAGGAAACUGAUGACAAAGAAGUCAUACAAAAGGACUACACUAAAGAGGGCAUCCAAGCUGACACUGCUCCACUCUGUCAGAAUGAAGGGGGAUCUCUCCCCAAAUCUGAGGCCCCUGUAGAGCCAAAAAAGACAGAGGCAUGUCCCUUGAAGGAGGAGGAUAAACCAAAAGAAGAUGGUGAGAAAGAAAAAACAAAACCCAAGGAGUCAAUAGCAGCUUCUCUCAGCAAUGGUUGCGUUGCCACAAACCAUCCUUCUGACUUGCCUUGUGUGAAUCCACUUAGUGCCCUGCAAUCUGUAUUGAAUAAUCACUUGGGCAAAGCCACUGAGUCUUUACGUCCCCAGUCCAACUCCAGCCCCAGCUCGAGCACAAUUUCUAUGUUCCACAAACCUAACUUAAAUAUGAUGGAGAAACCAGUUUUAUCUCCUGCUCCAACCCCACCAAAGCCUGCAAGCAUCUCCAGGCGUUAUUUGUUUGAAAACAAUGAUCAACCUAUAGAUCUGACCAAAUCCAAAAGCAAGAAAGCGGAGUCAGCUCAAGCACAGUCUUGUACUUCCCCACCUCAGAAACAUGCUCUGUCUGACAUUGCUGACAUGGUCAAAGUUCUUCCCAAAGCUACUACACCAAAACCUGCUGUAUCUUCUAGGAUCCCAUCGAUGAAAUUGGAAAUGGAUGUCCGACGUUUUGAGGAUGUCUCAACAGAAGUCUCCACUCUGCAUAAAAGGAAGGGCAGGCAAUCAAACUGGAACCCUCAGCAUCUCCUGAUUUUGCAAGCUCAGUUUGCUUCCAGUCUUUUCCAAACAUCAGAAGGUAAAUAUUUAUUAUCAGACCUAGGCCCUCAAGAACGCAUGCAGAUUUCUAAAUUUACUGGACUGUCAAUGACCACCAUCAGCCAUUGGUUAGCAAAUGUCAAAUACCAACUUAGGAAAACUGGAGGAACAAAGUUUUUGAAAAACAUGGACAAAGGACACCCAAUCUUUUAUUGCAGUGACUGUGCAUCUCAGUUUAGAACCCCGUCUACUUAUAUUAGUCACUUAGAAUCCCAUCUAGGUUUCCAAAUGAAAGACAUGAACAGACUGGCUGUGGAACAGCAAACCAAGGUAGAACAAGAAAUCUCCAGAGUUUCAGUUCAAAGAUCACCUGAAACAAUAACUGGGGAAGAGGAUACAGACUCUAAGUUCAAAUGUAAGUUGUGCUGUCGGACAUUUGCAAGCAAACAUGCAGUAAAACUUCACCUAAGCAAAACACACAGCAAGUCACCAGAACACCAUUCACAGUUUGUAGCAGAAGUGGAUGAAGAAUAACUUUUAAGGACAAAUGCCUUAGUUCCAGCUCUCCAGCCCAGGCUUCCUGCACUGAGCCCGUCUCCAUGUGUCACUCCACUCCUGACAUUGAACUCCCGACAACCCGGACCGAGAAGACUGCCAAAAACACUCCAGCUAUUCUUCUUCAUCCUCACUAACAAUUUGGUAAUGAAGUAUUGAUUUCCACUCCCCUGCUUAUGGACGAUAUUAGAUUUUCAUUGAUAAACUGCACUGGGGCUGUCUCGUCUCCACUGUCCCUUUUUGCUGUCACUAAAACAAAGUGCCACUGAAGUAAGAUAAUGACUGAGAACACUGAUGUACUUAUUUCAUCAAUUUGUAACACUUGACAGGAAAAAAAAAAGUAUACUUCUUCAUAGUUUAAUGUCCAAGUGUGCUACACAAGAUGCCGUCACACUGGAAGCUUUGCUUUUCAUGGUAAUGUCCAUUUCCUAUUUAUAACCCCUUUGGGAUAGUUUGUCUAAAGGAAAUGUUUCUAUUCAGUGCAGCUAUUACUGUUGCACCUGGGUUGCUCAAUCCAGUCAUUGCACUAGGGAUCAAUACAUCACAGUAAGUAGAAGAAUUAUUAAGUUAAAAUAGAUUCUGAGCCAAAAAAACUCUGAACAAUGUUAAUCUUCUGUGCAAGUUGUUCAAAUAAUUAUGCUUAACCAAGUUGCUGCCAAAGAUUUGUUUAAAACGGAUUAUUUUCAGUUUGUUUUAUUCCUCAGAUAUAUAUUUUUUUUAAGUCUCCAUUAGUGCAU